AUGCUCCCCCCCACUCAAUCCGCGCUUUGGGACACCUUCCUCGCAGACCAUCCGGGCGUCGAAUUCGUCUGGCUCCAAGUUCUCGCUUACAAUGGUCUGCCACACGUCGUCAUUCUCCCUGUCGCCCGCUUCGCCGAUCUCGUACACAAAGGUGAGCCCGUCCCCUUUGUGAAAGCCGGUCUGCACUUGGAGCCCUUCGACCGCAUGCCGCGCGGCGUCACCCCCGGCGGCGUCUGCUAUUUCCAUCCCGAUCUCUCCACCGCCUACUGCAAGCCCGCGCCGCGAUCCAACCAUGCCGUGGUAAUGGUCUCUUGUCAGGACGCCGACGGCGCACCCAUCGGUGAAUGCGCGCGAUCGCGACUGGCCUCCCUAACCGACACGCUCACGCAGGAGACCGGGUUCGCCCCGCUGGUCGGCUUCGAAGUCGAGGUCGUCUACAUGCGCCGGGUCGUCGUCGGCGGGAAGACGGUCGACUAUGAGGCGCUCGACGAGCCCCACUCGGUGUUCAGUAUGACCGCCGACGACCAGCGCCACCUCGACAUGCUGGAGGAGACGGCGCGCGCGCUGCUGGCCGCGGGCAUCGCGCUGGAAAAGUUCCACGCCGAAGCUGCCCCCGGCCAGUGGGAGUUCGUCCUGCCGCCGGCGUCGCCCGUUACGGCCGUCGACUUGCUCCUCCGCGCCCGCAGCAUCAUCAGCGACGUCGCGGAAAAGUACCAGCUCCGGGCGACGACGUGUCCGCGCCCGUUGGGCCGGGACCCAUGCAGCGGCAUGCAUGUGCAUCUGUCGAUGAACCCCACGGGGUCGCGCGGUCUCGACGAGUCCGAGGCGUUCUUUGCGGGAAUCCUGGAGCAUCUCCCCGCCGUGAUGGCGUUCAGUCUCUCGCAGGACAUGAGCUACCGGCGCGUGGCGAAUGGAAUCUGCAGCGGCGGCGAAUUCGUCUGCUGGGGUUGGCAGAACAAAGAGGUGGCGCUGCGGCGCAUUGCGACGAACCGGUUCGAGGUCAAGCUCUUGGAUGGGCUGGCGAAUCCGUAUCUGGCACUGUGUGGGUUGCUCGCCGCCGGGCUGGAUGGGAUGCGACGCGGUCUGCCGCUGACGGCGGGAAGCUGUCCGUUUGCGACGGACAAUGUGCCGACGGAGGAGCUGAAGGCGCUGGGGAUCACGAAGCUGCUGCCGCGGUCGCUGGCGGCGAGUCUGGAUGCAUUGACUUUUGACAAGGUGCUGUAUGAGCUGGUGGGUGCGUCGAUUGCGGAGCCCUACAUCUCGAUGAAAUGGGCCGAGAUCGAGGUGGUGAAUCGGAUCGAUGCGGACGAGCGGCGGAACUAUUUGAUUGGGAGGUAUUGA